CAUGACUCCGGCGCACAGUGACGUGAGUUGAGCAUGUAAACCGGAAGAGCCUUCUCCAAUUUCAACAUGAUAACAGAAGAUACCAAUGAUGAAGACGUGUCUCUGUUUGAUGCGGAGGAGGAUGUUGGGAAAAGGUCAAAGAAAAACAUUAAGCAUCCAGUGGCGUCCUUCUUCCACCUCUUCUUCAGAGUCAGUGCCAUCCUCGUCUACCUGCUCUGCGAGAUCUUCAGUAGCAGUUUCAUCGCCUGCAUGGUCGCAAUCAUCCUUCUGCUGUCAUGUGACUUCUGGACAGUAAAGAACAUCACUGGGAGGUUGAUGGUUGGUCUCAGGUGGUGGAACCAGGUGGACGAUGAUGGACGAAGCCACUGGGUGUUUGAGUCAAGGAAGGGCACUGGGAAGCAACAAGCGUCAGAUUCCGAGUCCCGAAUCUUCUGGCUCGGGCUGAUUGUCUGUCCGGUCCUCUGGGUCAUCUUUGCCUUCAGCACCCUCUUUUCUUUCAGGAUUAAAUGGCUGCCUAUAGUGAUCAUGGGUGUGGUGUUGCAAGGGGCCAACCUCUAUGGAUAUGUGCGGUGUAAAGUGGGGGGCAAGACCAGCCUAAAGAACAUGGCUACGAAUUACUUUGGACGACAGUUCCUCAAACAGGCGCUGUCUAAAGAGGAGGAAUCAUAGAGAGCAGCUCUGCGAUUUGAACACGUUUGCAUUAUUCUUAAUGCUAUAAUAUAUAUUCUUUUAGCAAGUGGAUGCAUAGAGAGAAACCUUUUUGCAACAUGAACUGAAAAUAACAGACUUUAACUUUUUCUUUAGAAUGUAAUGUGUGACUCAACCAGUCCCAAUAGAGAGAGAUUCCACAGAGAGGUCAGAGGUCUGGUAGCUGUUUUCCAUAACUGAAGCUCAGCAAUAAACCCUCACAAAUUUUAACUGAUCCUUUAGUGUAAAUGCAUGAGUGAAAAAAGGGUGUAAGUGUUUGAAAUGUUCAACUGAUUGUCGUUUGAUGUGUCCUGUUGUCUUACAGCUCCCUCAGAUACCUUCUUUAGUUUGUGUUUUCAUUGCCUCUUUCUUUUUCAUCUUAAUGAUAAUUAACAGAAUAAAACAUGUAGUUUCUGAGAGCUAUUGUACAAAUCUUUUUGUUUGUAUUAUAGACACAGUUUUAAAGUAACAGUGUAAAGUAUUCCAGGAGGUUUGUAAAUAUGUAUGUAAAGAAACUAUGUGCAACAUCUUCUUUUGUGCAAAUACAUUUGUAACAUUUUUCCGAA